UAUACGUUUACUUAUUUAUACUAACAAUUAGUGAAUGAUAAAAAAUUAAAAACCCCUUCCGAUUCUAAUUUCCUGGCGGAGCAAAUUUAGGGUUUAUCGUUUGCAUCGGUCUCGCGUCUCGUUUCCCACAGACACAUCUCUCGAAUCUUUUGAAGGCCUUCAUUGCAAUAGAUUGCUCGUAAGGGAUAGGUAGGCCUUUAUGUUCUGCCGCUUAAUUUCUUCGCCGGAUUCUGUUUGAUUCAUUUUAAGGUGAGUGACCCCAUCGCUUUUAGAUUACAGACAAGUAUGUAUUUAUGGUUUGAAUGAUGCUUAUUGUCUUGUUGUUAGCUUAGAUUUUACAUUCAGCCAUUAAUUUAGUAUUAAUAAGCUUCGGUUCUACUUGUUUUAAGCAGUUAAAUGCUUUAAUCUCUGAAUCUUUGAAACUUGCUCCUCUCUUAGGAAUUAGGAUGGAGGAAUUAACCCAAAUCUUGAAGAACAAUAGGACAGAUGAUCUCACUUGGUUUUGCUCUCUCUCUGAAUCUGAACUGGAUUUGCUCAUCAGCUUAAAGAAGCUAGCCAUUCAACGCGCCAAAAUAAGUGGUCACCAAGAACUAGCUGACAAAUUUGAUCUUAAGUUGCUCCGAUCUCUCGGUUCUCUUCUUGCUUCCUUAGACUUUUCAAAAUGUUGCACAAUCAUGAAAAUUCUUCUAUGAUUAGACAUCAGGGUUGCUUUGUGAAGCUUUCCAUCUUUGACCUUAUGAAUCCAGUAUGUUAUUCUGCAGGGCUUGUGCUAAUGGAGCACGCGAGGAAAAGGGUACAAAAUGAUACUUCUCUUGCUCCGAGUGUUGUUCAUCAACUCAGGCUUUUGGAUAACUGCAAUUUGUUGAAAACGCAUGUAGAUGAUGCUGUAGACAUUGAGGAGAUUCUGACUCAAAUCUGCGACAACAAAUCAAAAAAGAAAGCACGGAAAAGGAGGCGGUAGAAGCUACCUGUUGCGGUGGGGAAGUCCGGCUGCUUAACGACGGACAGUGAGAGGAAGAAAUCAGGAUGCUCAUCAGCAGGAGCACAAGAAGAUGGAGUUGGCGGAGAAUGCAGAGCAUGGUCUUGAAUCUUGAUCCUCAUAUUCUCUGGUGUUUGGUCAUUCUUUCUGAUGAACGGUGGUUGGUUGCAAAUGUUUGUAAUUGAGGAUGGUGUCCUUAAUACGUAGAGUAUAUAGCAAAAUUAGCUUACUUUGUGGUCUCUGGACAAAAUUUUGAAAAGUUGUAUUAUUGUAUGGUUCAUAUUUAAUUAAAGUUACGGUUUCUUCA